GGAUUUCCUUCCUGUUUUGCACACUUCUACACUUGUUAGCAAAGUUCCUGAUUAUAACUUCUUUCUGCUCUUCAGAAACUACUGCAUUAGUCAGUGCUCUUUGGAGUACCGUGAUCAUAACUGCUCCCACCCUAAAAUCAUUCUCUUCACAGCCACUACAGCCAGUCACAGAUCCACGCUUGUAAGACUUCAAGACUGAAAGGCUGAACAUGGCCAAAUUGUCUUUUAACCUGCUACUUUUUACAAUAAUGAUGGAUUCCACAGUUUACCUGCAGUCUUUAAGAGAGAAGCCUUUGCCAGAUAUCAACAAUCAAGACUUCAUCAAAGAGUGUGUUGAGGCUCAUAACCAGUUUCGCUCUCAAGUAAAUCCACCUGCAAGUGGAAUGAUGUACAUGACCUGGGAUGAGGCUUUGGCCAAAACCGCAAGAGCCUGGGCAAGGACCUGCAAUUUUAAUCACAAUAUCUACCUGAAACAACCUGGAAAGGUUCAUCCCACUUUUACUCCUGUUGGGGAAAACAUCUGGGUUGGAGCACCUUCUUCCAUAUUCACUGUAUCCAAAGCAGUAAAGGCGUGGUAUGAUGAAGUUAAGGACUAUGAAUAUAACGACAAUGUGUGCAGAAAAGCAUGUGGACAUUACACUCAGGUUGUCUGGGAGAAAAGCUACAAGGUUGGUUGUGCUGUUCAGGUUUGUCCUUCUGGAAUCACUGAUUUCUUUACUUCCAUUCCAAAUCCAACCAUAUUUGUUUGCAACUAUGGAGAUGCUGGGAACUUAAUUGGAGUCCAUCCUUACACUCGUGGAGUCAGCUGCAGUAGAUGUGGUAGUGACACUUGUGUUAACCAUUUAUGCCGAAACCAAGCCCGGGAGCAAUUAAAAAGUUAUAAAGACUGGUAUCCAGACUGGGAUACUGAUGCCACCUCUUCUGCUUCUAGCAACUACUUCUGCAUUACAGUCCUAAUCUCAAGGUCUGUGUCACUUGCUCUGAUAUUUGCAGGAGUAUACGGGUUUCAGCAGUUAUAUCCAAACAUGUUUGCUUAUGAAUAAUCUAGGUUGUUUCAUAAUGGAAAGCACAUUUCUUAGUUCAUCAGCAAAUACAAAUGCUGGUUUAAAUAUUAGACACUCUCUGUUCUUAAGUAAAAUUCAAACAACACUGUAAAAAAAACUAAAUAAAGUUGAUAAUCAUACUGA